GAGGCAGCGCGUGAGCGCGCGCGUACCUGCGGCUUGCGUGACCCUGCCUCUUGUGACGUAAUUGCGAAUCGUCCUCCUCCGGCGGCCGAAGUACUUGGAGGGUGUUUCAGAAGGAGGAGCUGUCAAAGUUGCCGGACAGUCUCUUGCCGCGGAAAAAAAAGAAAAAAGGAGAAAGAAAAGCAAGCAGCACGUCUGCAUUGGACGUGGGGCACGGUGGACCUACUUCGAGCGUCGAUUGUGUUCGGAACAUGGCUUGGCACCUUCGAGGUCGCAGCGUCGAAAGGAAGAUGACUCGCCGCCUUCUGGAGUGGCUCACCGUCACGUCGCUGCUGUGCUCCUCCUCUCUUGUGGCCGAAAAGAAAGUGUGCCAAGGGAUCACCAACCGCUUAAACUUGCUGGGCUCCAAAGAGGAUCACUACCUGAACAUGGUAAAAACCUACAGCAACUGCACUGUGGUCCUGGAGAACCUGGAGGUCACUUACAUGGAGGAACACCAUGACUUGUCCUUCCUCAGGACGAUAGAAGAAGUAGGCGGCUAUGUGCUCAUCGCCCUCAACACUGCAUCCAGGAUCUCGCUGGACAACCUGCGCAUCAUUCGUGGUCACUCGCUGUACGAGGGAAGCUUCGCCCUUACCGUGUUGGCCAAUUACGACAAAGUCUUGGGUCUGGGCACCAGUGAGCUCCUUCUGAGGAGCCUCACAGAAAUCAUCAAAGGUGGUGUAAAGUUUGGCAACAACCAGCUGUGCAACGUGGAGACCAUCCAGUGGUACGACAUCAUUAACGAGGACAAUAAACCCAAAAUGGAGUUGCCACCUGUGGCUAGCAACUACCCGCUUUGUAAAAAAUGUGAUAAAAGUUGCUUUAACGGUUCUUGCUGGGCACCCGGACCCCAAAACUGUCAAACUUUGACCAAGCUAAACUGUGCUCAGCAGUGCUCCAAGAGGUGCAAAGGACCUUCGCCUAGCGACUGCUGCAAUGAACACUGCGCUGCGGGAUGCACGGGACCACGUCCCACCGACUGUCUGGCCUGUCGGGACUUCCAGGAUGACGGAGUGUGCAAGGACUCCUGCCCGGGCCUCAUGCGCUACGACCCCAACCAGCACCAGCUGGUCCCCAACCCGCACGGGAAGUACAACUUUGGCGCCACCUGUGUCAAGAACUGCCCCCAUAACUAUGUGGUGACAGACCACGGCGCAUGCGUGCGGACGUGCAGCGGCAACACUUAUGAGGUGGAGGACGGCGGCGUCAGGAAAUGUGCCAAAUGCGAUGGACUGUGUCCCAAAGUGUGUAACGGACUGGGGACAGGCCACCUGGCUAACACGCUCUGCAUCAACGCCACCAACAUUGACUCAUUUAAAAACUGCACCAAAAUCAACGGCAACAUCGCUUUCAUCCGCACGUCCAUUCACGGGGACGCAUACACCAAAACGCCAAAGAUGGACCCGGCCCAGCUGGAUGUGUUCAAGACGGUUAAAGAAAUAACUGGAUAUUUGUGGAUUCAAGCGUGGCACAAGAGCAUGAAUGCCCUCACUCCCUUUGAGAACCUGGAAAUCAUUCGAGGACGCACCAAGCGGGGAAGCCGUAGCCUGGUGGUUACCCAGCUGGACAUUAGCUACCUUGGCCUGCGCUCCCUCAAAGAGAUCAGUGAUGGUGACGUGGUCAUCAUCAAGAACCAGAACCUCUGCUACACCAACAACAGUCACUGGAAGGCGCUCUUCAAGUCUGCCAGCCAGACCACUACCGUCACCGAGAAUGCCAGCUCUGACAAAUGUGUUCAGCGAAACGAUACGUGUGAUCAUAAGUGCACGGUGGACGGAUGCUGGGGUCCCGGCCCGGACAUGUGCUUUGCCUGUCGGGACCACAGUCGCGACGGCAGCUGCGUGGACUCCUGCAAUAUCCUGGAGAGGGAGCCACGGGAGGCCAUGGUGAAGAAAACCUGCGUGCCUUGUCACCCGGAGUGUCGUCAUAUGAACGGGACGCCCACUUGCAGCGCUCCAGGUUCCGCCAACUGCAGCAAGUGCGCCAACUUCAAAGACGGGCUCUUCUGCGUGUCCCGCUGUCCUCAAGGCGUGCCCGGUGAGGACGACUCACUUGUGUGGAAGUAUGCCGACGACGCCAAAGUCUGCCGGCUGUGUCACCCCAACUGCACCCAAGGGUGCACGGGACCCGGUCGUGAAGGCUGCCAGAGUAAAACCUCUUCGGGUCUGUCCAUAAUUGCGGCGGGUGUGGUGGGUGGCCUUUUGGCGGUCCUGCUGGCGGGCCUGAUGGUUGUCGUGUUGCUGCGGCGACGCCACAUCAAGAGGAAGAGGACCAUGAGGCGACUACUCCAGGAGAAAGAGUUAGUAGAACCACUGACUCCAAGUGGCGAGGCCCCCAACCAAGCCCUGCUGCGCAUCCUGAAGGAACCCGAAUUCAGGAAAAUCAAAGUUUUGGGGUCAGGGGCUUUUGGGACAGUCUACAAGGGUCUUUGGGUGCCAGAGGGAGAAGAUGUGAAGAUCCCAGUGGCCAUCAAGGUUUUGAGAGAGGCCACGUCGCCGAAAGCCAACAAAGAGAUCUUAGACGAGGCCUACGUGAUGGCCAGCGUGGAGCACCCACACGUGUGUCGCCUUCUGGGCAUCUGUCUGACGUCCACUGUACAGCUUGUCACGCAGCUGAUGCCCUUUGGCUGCCUGCUGGACUACGUCAAGGAAAACAAGGACAAUAUCUACUCACAGUACCUGCUCAACUGGUGCGUGCAGAUUGCCAAGGGGAUGAACUACCUCGAGGAGCGCCAUUUGGUCCACCGCGACUUGGCGGCCAGGAACGUUCUGGUGAAGACCCCCCAGCAUGUCAAGAUCACCGACUUUGGCCUGGCCAAGCUGCUGAAUGCAGACGAAAAGGAGUACCAUGCAGACGGAGGAAAGGUGCCCAUCAAAUGGAUGGCUCUUGAGUCAAUACUCAACAGGACAUACACACACCAGAGCGACGUAUGGAGUUACGGCGUGACCGUGUGGGAGCUGAUGACAUUCGGGACCAAGCCAUACGACGGCAUUCCGGCCAGCGACAUAGCCAGCGUCCUGGAGAAAGGCGAGCGUCUGCCUCAACCUCCCAUCUGCACCAUUGACGUCUAUAUGAUCAUGGUCAAGUGUUGGAUGAUCGACGCAGAUAGUCGACCACGCUUCCGAGAACUAAUAGCAGAGUUCACUAAAAUGGCGCGGGAUCCUCCCCGCUAUCUCGUCAUCCAGGGGGAUGAGAGCUUGCACCUGCAAAAUCCUCCCGACAACAAGUUCUGCCGCACCCUGGUGAGCGGCGAGAACAUGGAGGAUGCCGAUGAGUAUCUCAUACCACAGCACGGCUUCUUCACCAGCCCGAGCACGUCUCAGACCCCGCUGCUGCACUCCACCAGCCUGAACAGCAGCAUUGGGACGUGCAAUGGCAGAAAUGGAUUGCUGAACGGAUUAUCCAGCAGGGAUGGAAGUAUAGUUCUUCGUUAUAUACCUGACCCCACAGAUAAAUUAUUAGAUGACGCCUUCCAGCCUGCUCCAGACUACAUGAACCAGAACACAGCCACGGACAUGAUGAAUCCCGUGUACCAGCGCCCCGGCCCUCUGCGCACCCCCCUUCCCACCAUCUCCUCGGACGAUGCUGACGACUCCCAGUACCUCAACUGCUUCAAGAACGAACCCGAGUACCUCAACGAGUUCACUUCCCGCCCCAACGGUGAGCUCCACGCCAUCCACAAGUACAAGCUGCAGAACAGUAUAGACAACCCCGACUACCAGCAGAGCUUCACACCCAGCUUCAAGGCCCGCAUGAACGGCCACCUGCCUUCAGCGGAGAACGCAGAGUACGUGGGCCCCGACUGAUGACUCCUAGAAGUGAAACGUUAUAUUUUUUUAGUGAUACCAUCAAUUAGCUGUCACCUUGAAACAGUGAUCCUGAAAGUUCACAUGAGCCCUGUCAGAAAGUGAAAACCUCUCGUGACGACAAAGAGGAUGUGACCCCGUCCGCAGCCGGCAUAAAAAGGGGGAACUGAAAUGAGCAGCUCAAGCCAAAAACAAAAUGGUUUGACAUCCAACAGCCUCUCAAGAUGUCACAUGGACCACCCACUGUGAAGUGGAGGUGACGGGCGGGCGGGCGGGGUUAAACUCACCUUUCUUGGGAUGGUAAUGCUGGCUGCACUCUUGGUGACGCUCCUCUCCUAAUGAGGAAGCAUAGAACGUAUGAAUCGGCCACUUUCAGGGGAAACCCGGUGAAUUGCUUACUAUUCAAAGAUAAUGCUGAAAAGUGGAGUUCAGAAACUGUAACACUCAUUAAACACAAAUAUCUUUUUUCCACUGCACAUUACCUACUUGGCCUCUUACGGCACUACUUGCUAGAAAGGAGACACGUGCUCAUGUUAUUAGGGCCCGACCACUCGAGAUUUUUGGAGGCUGACACCUUUGUUUGUUUUGUUUUUUGUCACCCUCUCUCUUCAGAUUAAACUUGUCUAGUUACUGUGGCAAAUAUGUUGAAAAGUAAAUACAGGAGGACUUUUGGAAGUGGUGAAUCACCCACCCAAACAGAAGCGAACAGAGCCGAGACCCUUGUGCAGUGGAAAAGUGGCAUAAAUUGCAUCUUAUAGUUGUAUAGUAUACUGUAUUGGAUUUAUUGUUUUAUUGUUGUUGUGUGCAGGAUGCAGGACACAAUUUUCCUUGCAGCAUUUUGGGUGUCCAUAGGAUUACAUUAGGACAGAAAAAAUGGUAUUUUGUAUUUGGAUUAAUUUGUGACUUUUUUUAAAUGAAAUCGUGAAAAAAAAAUGUACACAGGACAUUUGGUGGAAUACGCUGGGGUCAUCUUUGAUCAUGCAUUCCUAGUUUUGUGUAGUUUAAGUUAAAAACACACGCGCACACACACACACUUUAAUUUGACUCAACCAAGAAAGAGGAAACAACUUCCCAACACAUUCCUGUUUCCCCUUUUUUGGAGAGAAAAUUCCAGGUCAGCUAAGGACCUGUGUGUGCAUUCGGGGGAGUCAAUUUUGAUAAAUAUAGUAUUUCCCUGUGGUUACAGAAAUAAAGCACUUUUAUAUAAUCCUUCCCAAGUUGGUCGACACUGUAACUCCCCAGUCUUUUCUCUCUUCCCUGCGACAGUGUUCAUAUAAAAUUCCCACUUUUAAGGAAAUGCACAAAAUGUAGCAGCCUGUUCAGCCUACUUUUGUAGAUGUGACACAGGUACAGGUUAUAACGGUGUAUUCACUAUGCUGUGAUUAUAUUUCUGUCUCUCAUUGUAGAUAUACACUUGUACAUUAUAUAUACUUGUACAUACAUACACUUAUAUGUGUGUACAAACACACACACACAUUAUGAAUAUACUCUGCUGUAAUAUACAAACGCUGGACCAUAUGGAAAUACUAGAAUUUUGAUGAUUUAAAUGUCUGUAUGUGAAUAAAUCGUUUUUUUCUGUGGAAAUAAAAUCCAUUUGGUUCUCUUUUU